AUGAUGAGACAGAAAGACCAACAUGAUCUUGACGAGCUGCCCUCUGCUGGCGACCCCGAAAGAGGGAGCAGACCAAUUUGCCUAAAGUCAACCACCCAAGAGUUUCUAUUCGUGAUAGCAACAACAAUAGCAUUUGCACAGGAAUCCUUUUUCACGGGACUCACUGUCGGUCUGACCGCCGUUAUUGGCCAUGAUCUGGACAUGAGCAUUGCAGAAAUCACCUGGAUAAGUGCCGGCUGCUCUCUCACAAGUGGCGCCUUCCUCCUCAUGUUCGGCCGAAUCGCCGACAAUUGCGGCCGCAAAAAGCUGUUCCUUUUUGGCAUGGUGGGAUUCACCUUUGCGGUCUUAGCUGCCAGUUUCGCCUCCUCCCCGAUCUACCUAAAUGUCUUCUCGGGUGUCAUCGGGCUAUUCUCCGCCAGCGUGGUUCCACCUGCAAUCGGCAAACUUGGCGCUGUGUAUGAGAGUUCUUCUGUCCGCAAAAACCGCGCCUUUGCAUGCUUCAGUGCCGGAAAUCCACUUGGGUACGUAGGUGGUAUGGUUAUAUCUGGCAUCGCGGCAGAUAUUUCCACGUGGCAGACGUCGUUCCGCGCCCUUGCAGUUCUCUAUGCUAUAUUCACUAUAGUGGGCGCCUGGGCCUUCCCACCGGACGAGGGUAAUAAUGUGCCCCUGUCUAUCGAGUCCCUGAGACGGUUCGAUGUCACGGGGACGGUAUUGAUCAUUGUGGGUUUUGCGUCACUGACUGCUUCUUUGUCCCUGGCAGCUGGUGCUCCACAUGGCUGGAGUACGGGAUAUGUAAUUGCACUGCUUUGUGUUGGGUCUGCGCUGCUUGUUUGUUUCGUAUGGUGGGAGUCAAGAGCGCAAUUCCCGAUAAUGCCGCUCGGUAUAUGGCAGGACCGAACAUUUUCCGCGGUGGUCACUGUCCAAUGCUUAGGGGAGAUGGGGUUCUCCGCCGCUACAUUUUGGCUCUCCCUAUUGCUCCAGAAUGUCCGCAAAGACUCCGCCAUAAAGAUCGCCCUUGAGCUGCUACCCAUGGUCAUUGGCGGCAUAGCAGUCAAUGUUGUCUGUGCUUUUGUUCUCCACAAAGUAAGCAAUCGGAUUCUAAUGGGAAUCGGCACUGUGACAUACACGGUAGCCUUCCUCAUUCUGAGCUUUCUCAGAGAAGAGGCGCCGUACUGGGCGUACAUCUUCCCAAGCCUGAUAUUGAUGGUCAUUGGGAUGGAUAUACAGUACAACGUAACAAAUAUGUACGUUAUGAACUCGCUGCCGGAGCAGCAGUCGCUUGCGGGUGGGAUAUUCAAUACUAUUACCAGGCUAUGUGGGAAUCUAUCACUGGGGAUUUCAACUGCAAUAUACAUUUCUUUCAAGGAAAAAGCGAACGCCACAACCACCGAUCUAGUUCCUUAUCUCUUCACCUUCCGCUUCGCCGCGGUGACGACUGGGAUUUCGGUCUUUCUUAUUCCGUUCGUGAAAAUUGGGAAGCAGGGUGGCCCGGCAAUCAAAACAGAUCACUAG